AUUAGGAUUCAAGCUGCCUCCAGAUACUAUCUGGUAUUGCGAUAGAAAGUAAAAACCGGAGGCCGACUUCAUUCUGUUUUCGUUUGAAAUCAAAAUGUAAAGAAAAGUAUGACUGUUCAAAUUGUAUUACUGAAUAUCUCUGAGGAUAACCAAAAUGACGUAGUCUCUAAUUUAAUUGCCGUUAGCUUACAUUCAUGAUUUAAUGAUUCGGUUUCAUGGAACUAAAAACAACCGAAUUUAUUCACUUUCAGGAAUGAAAACCAAAGCAACUUUUCUAAAGAACCUCCUGUCCAUAACAGAUAAGACGUGACUAACUCUUCUCCCUAAGUAACAUGGCUGCCACAGAUCAGGACCGGCCACCAGUCACUCAGCUGGAGUUUCGACAAGCAAUGCGGGACUUCACGACCAUGUUUCCUGAAAUGGAUGCAGAUGUGAUUGAGGUUGUGUUGCGAUCAAACAAUGGAGCAGUUGAUUCAACAAUUGACCAACUCUUGGCAAUGAGUACAGACAAUGAGAAUGAGCGAUUGAGAACUGAACUGGAUGCCACCGAAAAUGACGAACUACCCCCUUGCUAUUCUCCGUCAACCCCACCUCCAUCUUAUAAUCAAGCUGUACCAUUUGCAUUGGCUUCCGGUGAUUCAGCUGAACAGAAUCCUUCUACUGAAACUGCUUCUGUUGAGAAAACAACCCCAAAGAUUCCUGAGGAAAGUGCCAGGUUACCUGAUAUUGUAGAAAAUGGAGAAGCGUCUCUUGCAGCUGCAACUACUGCUGCUGCUGCAGCAGCAGCUGAAGGUGCUGAGGGAUCUGAGAGUGUGGCCUUAAAUGUUCUAAAGCAGUGGAAGCCUCCUCUUUUGGGAGAAUUGCCUCCAACAUUUUUAAAAAUAGGUGAAAGUCCUUCAACCAAGCCUGCUGCUAAGAAAGUGACAAUUUUGAGUUCAACAAUUCUCCAGCAGCGCAUUGAAGAAAAUGAACGUAAACGCCAUGACAGCACAGCAACUAAUGAUCCAGAACUCACACAAUACCUUGAAGAUGAGCGUAUUGCCCUUUUUCUUCAGAAUGAGGAGUUUUUCCAAGAGCUAAAAGACAACAAAGAAUUCUUAUCAACAUUAGAACGAGAAAUUUUUUUCUUAGAUUUUGAAAAAAAAUAUGCCAUUAAAUCUGAAUUAGCUUCAGUGCUGUACUACAAAAAUAGGAAAAGAAAGAUAAGUUUUGUAUUUUAUUUACCCUACAGUUUUUCAUUAAUUGUAGUUUUUCAUAACUGUAAGAGACAUAAUAUGAUUCAUAACUAGGAAUUGUGCCAGUAUUUGUUUUGUGUUAAAAUAGUACUUUCUGGUUUUGUAUGCUCAGUUUAUGUUAAAAUACAUUGGUUGUAUUUUAGAUUAAAUUAAAAAGAAAAAGUAUCACAAACAUUGUGGCAUAUUUGGAAAUAAUGUAACUUUAUUUUGGUCAGUUUAACAUAUUUCAGAUGAAGCAAGUUUAUUUGUAUGUAUAUAUUUGCUCAAUAUAUAUUCGUGAUAUGAAAGAUAUAAUUACCAUUCUCUUAAAUUUAUUGUUUAUUUAAAAUGUACAAGUCAAAAGAAAAUAUAAUAGAUAUUAGCACAUCAUUUCAAUUCCUUAACUUAACCGUACUUCGGUUCAAUUGUGAAGUAAAACAUGCUUUAAAGAAUUAAUUUGCUCAAUAUGUUUCAUAAUAGAUAAUCUAACAAUGUUUAUUUGGCCGUUAUCAAGAGUGAUGAAAAUUUCAAGAUUCUUGCAUUCUGGUAUUAAAUAUCAUUUACAAAGACAUUUUUUUACAUUAUAUUGUAAACUAGCCGCCUUUGGCGACCAGCCGGUUCGCCAAUCUUAAUGUUCAUUAAAAUUUUAAUAAUUAAAUAUUUUAUGCAAUUCCAACCUUAAUAGAUUCUUCAGCAAAAUAUUUUAAAACUUCAAUUUUUGAUAGUCAUAUAAUUCACUCAUAAUAUUAUAAAGGCCUUCAGUCAUAACGUAAUAUGUAUUUUCUAAUUUUCUGUUACCCCUCGUAGAAUUUAUGCUUUAAAUUAAAGUGUAAAUGAUUAAUCUGCAAUUAAUAUCAUAAUAUUUUUUACUGAAACAAAGCAUUUUUUAAUAAUAUAAUACUGAUAAUAGAGUCACUGAGCGUUUAAACUUUAUGGGCACUAAAGAAUAUCUUUCUUAAUUUAUGUAAUAUCUCAAGAAUUUGUCAACAAAAUUUUCUCAGAUUCAUCAUGAACAGAUCGAUUCAUUAACAAUGUUUAAUUUUAAAUGCAUCAAACACUAAGAAAAUAAAAUGAAUCCUUUAAAAUAAUCAGUCUAAAACAGGUUAAAAAAAACUACUUAAAAAACGAUGUACUUAAAACUAUAAGCAUAUACAAAAAAAUAUAUAACUAACAUAAAUACAAUUUAAUUACAAAAGCAUGCAACUAACCUAAAAAUAAUUUAAAUCAUUGAAAACAGGUUAAAAAAAACUACUUAAAAAACGAUGUACUUAAAACUAUAAGCAUAUACAAAAAAUAUAUAACUAACAUAAAUACUACUUACAAAAGCAUACAACUAACCUAAAAAUAAUUUUAAUCGUCCAUUGAUAAUGGUUGCCAUGCCAACAAUCAGAACACAGUGCGCAUGCGUGAAUUUUCUUCGCCUUUUACGGUAACGCAAAUGCGUGAAUUUUUCUACGCCAGUUGGGAUAACGCUAUGCAAAUUAUACAUUUUUAAUUUCCUUUAUUCUGUGUUAUUUUAAUUCAAAAGUACUUCAGAAUGAAUCUGAAACAUGGAUUAAUUAACAAUGUUUAAUUUUAAAUGCAUAAAACAUUAAGAAAAUAAACAGAAUCUGAAAUAAUCCGCCGAAAUAUGUUAACCCUAGCCUCAUUACUGUUGGGAGAAAAAAAAACAAGCCUUUCUCAUUUGGCGGUGGGGAAAAUGGAAGAUUUUUUAGGCGGGAAAGUUAGUUUUUAAUUAAUAAUUAAAAUUCUAAUUAAAAUUUCAAAAAAAGGGACCCCAGGUGCACAUUCCCGACCUCUAAGGUAUACAUGUACCAAAUUUGGUAGCUGUAUGUCAAAUGACCUGGCCUGUAGAGCGCCAACACACACACACACACACACAUUGAGCUUUAUUAUAAGUAUAGAUUAUCAAAAGCAUUCACAUCAAUGAAGUGUCUUAGCUAUUUCAUGUGUAUACUUUGCUGAGUAUUAAAUUUUAUUAAACAAACAAAAAUUUGAAUCAUUUUGGGAGGAGACUGGAAUGUGUGAAGAUUUUGCAUAGAUUUAUUGGUGUGUAUCAUGUUUGGUUAUAAAAUCUUGAUAUUGUUGUUGAAAAUCGUCUGAUGAAUGUGUAGUGAAUUUAGUAGUCUCAAUUACAAAUAACAAUGCUUUAUUUUAGAAAAAAACACAUCUGAAGUAUACUUGGAAAAUUGUACUUGCAAAAUUCAACAUCGCUUUUGCAAACAACAAAUCAUUGUUAAACAACUGCAAUAUCACUAAGCACUCAGGGAGAAUGUGCUGGAGAUCAAAGACAGAAUUCAUGUGACUAUUAUUCAUGUGAAUUAUUGAUUUGGAGUCUUAGGAUCCCAUUACUAAGCAAUAACGUUUCUACAAAAAUAUUGUAUCAUGGCUCCUAAUUGAGAUAUUACCAAAAUUCCAAUAGUUUUGAGCAUCUUCAUUUUUGUUGCCUAAUGAGGGCCAGAGCCUAGUGGCAUUAACUUGGUAUUCAUUCAAUAUUCAUUAAAAUAUCUGUACAACUCUUUUCCUUAUUAUGAAACUAAUUGUGCCAAGAAACAAUAUUUUAGAUUCCUAAUAGUAUAAUUAUAGCUCAUGAAACUGGCUUAUUUCAGCCUCUUCCGAUGUGUCCUCCCCUGAAGAUGAGGCCGAAGACCUUGAGGGCCGAGGGGAAGAAUUGGAAGGCAAUUUUCCUUACUGCAACGCGGCGCCUCCAGAGGAGACAGAUGCUGCAUUUAGGGAAAAGAUCAAGAACAUGG